AAACCAGCGGUAACUUCAGACAACUUCCGACCAUGUCGUUUCGGCUCACAGCGCAACGUCCCUCCUCCCUCCCUGGUCCCUCCUACCUCCCCGCGCCGUCCCAGACCUGGGCCGCGGCCCCGGCAAGCCGGCAAGGCCCGCCCGAGGGGCCCAUGCAGCCGGGCGGCAUCGACCCUGGGGUCGCCGUCGCCCGAUGCGUCUCCGACAUCGAGGUUGCGGACAUUGUGGCGUUGGACCUGGAGUUCUCUGGCCUGUUCCUGAGGAUGGGCCGCGACAGCCCGCCUCCGGCGCUGGAGGAGUACUUCGCCAAGUGCCUGGAGUCGGUGCCCCGCUUCCUGCCGCUGCAGCUCGGCGUCUGCUGCGCGAGGCAGCGGCCAGCACCGUCACCCGGUGCCGGCGGCUCCGCGUGUGGCGCCUGGGAGCUGCGCAGCCACGAGUUCAACCUGUGGCCCGGGCCGGGCCGGCGCGUCUUCAGCGCGGACAUGGAGUCUUUGAAGUUCCUCCGCCAGCACGGCUUCGACUUCAACGCCUUCCUCGAGCAGGCGCACCCGUUCGUCCGCCUGCCACAGAAGGCCGAGGCAGGGGGCGCCGAGCCCGGCGCGUCGAAGAGCGACCUCGGGCCGCCGGCCUGCGCGACCCGGGUGCUGGAGGCGAUGCGGCGCACUCGGGUGCCCGUGGUGGUGCACAACGGAUUGCUGGACCUCCUGCACCUCUACGACAAGUUCGUGGCCGACCUCCCGGGCGACUCCCGGGCGUUUGGCGGGGCGUGGCUCGCCAACUUCCCCCUGCUCUUUGACACGCGGCUGGUCGCGCAGGAAGGCCGGGGCAGGCAGUUCUCGAUGCUGGGCAGCAGCCUCACGCUGGAGCAGCUGCACAGGCACCUGGCCAGCCUCCCGGAGCUGGCCGUGCGCUUCGAGCGGUGCGGGCCGCUGGACGGCGCGAGGGGCGCGCACGGCUCCUCUGGCUACGACGCGACGCUGACGGCGGAGGUGUUCAUCAUGGAGGUGGACGCGUGGCUUCGGCACGAGGACUCGCAGAGCAGGAAGCGGCGGCGGACCUCGGCCUCGGCGGCGGAUGCCGGCGCCUGCGCUGGCGAGGGCGAAGGCGCCGCGGCUGGCGGCAGCCGAGGCGCCGGGAGAUGGCGGCGAGGAGGCCGGCGGUUGGACCGUGGUCGGCGGCGGGCGCAAGAGGCACCGAGGCGGCGCCCCCACCGAGGGGCCCGCCGCGCUCGGGCUCGCCUCGGCGGCCCUGCUGGAGAGCCACCCGGCGUGCCAGCGCCUCCGCAACCACAUCGCCUGCGACCGUCGUCGGGGCCAGCGCGACGCACCUGCACCUCGCGGAGCUCCCGGGCGCAGGUGCCCGGCAGCUUCCGGGCGCUCCCGGCGGCUGAGGCCCGGCGGCCUCGCCUCGAGCGGCUCCGUGCUGGCGGCUGCGGCCCCAGACCCCCGACGUCAUGAUUUUUUCAUGACGCGACCCCGAGAGUCAGCAUCGUUUAUCCGACCCCCAUCCCCAUCCUC